AUUUGUAUGAUUAGUUUUUGCUGGGUUGAUUUUGUGAUUUUUGUUGGGUUUUGGCUGGGUUUGAACUCUAAUCUUUCAAUCUUAAGACUAUUUUAGUAAAAUUGAACCAAGUCUUUGAUUUACGAACCAAAGUCCAAACAGGGAAAAGCAGAUAUCCCCAACUGGCUUCCCUCUUAACAAGAAAAGUAAAGUUCUUUGUUCACUCUCAACGCUAACUUCUCCUCAUUCAAUUCAAUUCAUCUUUCUCAUUUCUCUUCAUCAAUAAUGGAUCGUCUUUUCUCUCUCUCUGCCACCUUUCUUAUUCUCCUCUCGCUUUCUUCUCUCUCAGAUGUUGAACCAGCAUCUUUCAAGCUCAUCAACAAGUGCCGCUACACGGUGUGGCCUGGCUUGCUAUCCGGCGCCGGCACCGCACAGCUUCCCACCACGGGCUUUGCACUUAAUAGCGGCAAAUCAAAAACCAUAAACAUACCCAGAUCGUGGUCAGGUCGGAUAUGGGGUCGGACUACCUGUGCCCAAGAUUCCUCUGGUAAGUUUUCCUGUCAAACUGGUGAUUGUGGGUCAGGGAAGCUAGAAUGUGGCGGCAGCGGGGCUAUUCCUCCUGCCACUUUAGCAGAGUUCACGCUUAACGGCGCCGGGGGCUUGGAUUUUUAUGACGUCAGCUUAGUCGACGGCUACAACCUCCCUAUGCUCUUGAUCCCCAAGAAAACCACAAACGGCCUCUGCGGUGCCACGGGGUGUUUGAUAGACCUAAACGGCGCGUGCCCGAAGGAGUUGAAAUUGGCAGCGCGUGAGAAUGGGCAAGUUGGAAUCGCUUGUAGGAGCGCGUGCGAGGCAUUUGGGCAACCGCAGUUUUGUUGCAGUGAGGCCUAUUCUACGCCUGACACGUGCUCGCCGUCUGUUUAUUCACAGUUUUUCAAACACGCUUGCCCACGCGCAUAUAGCUACGCGUACGAUGACAAGACCAGUACGUACACAUGUGCCAACACCGAUUAUGUUAUAAUGUUUUGCCCGCCACCGUAUUCCAGCCAGAAAUUGCUGGGUAGACGAAAGGAUGGAGCGACGCUUCCCCUGGUGAAUAAGACUAUGAUGUACAUAUCAAGCAAACAUGCAAGCAGCGCAUCAUCCUCAGGUGUGGUUCCAGUACAGCUAAUUGCUGGUGCAGCCUCUAUUGUAAUGGCAGUUUUGCUCUAUUGGCCGAGUUUAUUACCCUUGUAACUAACAUUGGCCUGGACAAUUCCAGACAGAUAGUAGCACAAAUUCCAGCUGGAGAACAGAGUUAUCUUUGUCAAUGCAGUGCCAGCCUCUGUCACCUGGCAUUGUGGACGGGUUGGGAGAUCAAAUGACUGAAGUGCUGCAAAAUGGCAAUGCCUGGAGGAACUUAUAAAAAAAUAAAUAAAUAAAUAAAAAUCAAGAGUGUAUAUUCCUUCCUCUUUAUCUUUGCUAGAUUUUUGUAAUUGGGAAUACAUGUCAUUGAUUUUUUUUGGAAUGUUGUAUUUCCAUUCCUGUUAUACAUAAAUUUUAGUACAUAUAGGUUUUGGAUCAAUUUUAGUACAAAGGAAUUUUGGCAGUUUUCUUUUGAUUUGUUGUGACUGCUUUUCUUGCAUUAUUUGAAUGGUUGAAUGCAUCGCCUAUCUUUCAUC